AUGAAGCGUUCGGCCGAACACUUUAGAAUGGUUUUCAACCACCCAUGCGCGAUCUCCGACGCCGGCAUUGACCGGCCCUCCCGAUUCGAAACGAACAGUGAUCUGGAUGUCCUGCCUUCCCUACUAGAAACCAUCCAGGGCGUACAACAACCCUGCAGCGGAAAAGUACCAGAAUCCGAUGCGAUCUCCGCCGAGGUCUACGCACGCGGCGACCCCCGACUGAUGAUACAAUUUACAAAAAUUCCAGGAGAUGUAGUAUAA